ACCGACACUGCAUGGCGACUGGCGAGACGCGGCAGCGGCACGGCCGAGGAAGCGUAUAUUAUUCGUUCUUCGGCCGGUUCAGUCAGUCAGUCUCAGGCCCGAGGUGUUGCGGUGUGAAUGUACACCACGAUUCUCUGUCGUUUGUGUUCAGGGUCAACAUGAACAGGCUGUUUAGCAACCAGACCGAGGGUGAGGGGUGUGACACGGAGGCGCUGUACGGCCCUGGGCAAGUUGUCACGCCCACGCCCCUGCUGUGGCUGGCGGUGGUUCACAACAUAUGCAUCGCGAUCUUCGGCAUCCUUGGCAACGCGGUGGCCCUGUGGUGCGUGGCGUCGUGCACCAAGACGCGGCGGCCGGUGAAGGUGCUGCUGAUGAGCGUGUUCGUGCCUGUCCUGGUGAUCUGCGUGGGGUCGCGGCCCCUGGUUGUAGAAAUCGCGCUCGGACUCAUCAACUGCGACGCACACAGGAUCUCCUUGACAGCCACGAUCGCCCACUUGUUCGCGUACAGCAUCAUGGCGCAGAGUGAACUGGCCUUCAUAGCCGUCAUUGCAGUGGUCAGAGUGGCGGCCGUGUGGACCACUGGGAAGAGCGACCUUAAGAUGCGAGUGGCAGUAACUCUGGUCUUAUCUGUCAUCGCUUACUCGCUUAUCACUGGGAUUGUGAUAUUCGGAGCCGUGGUGACGAAGCGCGUGGAAGGAAAAACGAGGGAUGCUCUUAGUUUCCUCUACUUCUUUUUGGCCACGCUGCUUCCUGUUCUGGUCACCUUCGCCUCCUACGCCCUCAUGAUUAUCGCUGUGCAGCGGAACAAGCGUCGGCUGGCCGCCACUCUGCAGCAGCCACGCGCAGGAGCCGUCAUGGACCAGGCGACGCGGGCCAUGCUGGCGGUGUUCAUCAGCAACCUGGUGUUCAGCCUCCCGCACUCCAUAUACCACCUCAUGGGCACGCUGCCGCACUACUAUAGCGUCAUAUUCCACAUUUUGUUCUCCGCACACUUCGUGGUGGACCCGCUGGUGUUCAUCUUCGCCAACCUUCACCACCGCCGGAGAGUCCUCGACCUGCUGGCGGCCUGCACGCAGCGGAUGACCCGCCAGCUGCCCCGCCCCCCAUCGCGCUCCGUGAGUCCCGUGACAACCAACAGCACGCCGCUCUCCUCGGUCAGCAAGGGCACGGCGGGAUGAGAAGCCACCGCCACCUGCAGCACGUUUGUACUCGGCCCAAAGAAUCGAGGUUCUGCCAUUCAGUGCCGCUCUCUUCAUUUCGGGUAUAUUAUAAGAUUAAUUUCAUCAGAUUAUUUUUGUACUGAAUAAAAUGAAAAUCUGAA